ACGGUAUAGGCGUGAGGGUAGCUGAAAAUGUCUUGGAAAAGAAAUGAGACAAUCUAUCAACCAGUGGAGAGGUACGGUCACUCUACAGUUGAGGUAGGAGACUACCUGUACAUGUGGGGUGGGGGCCAGCCUGAUCUCCCUGAAGUACACAAUAACGAGAAGAAGAAAUCAAUGUGUUCUGUAGUGGAGGUCUGUCACCUACCAACUGGUGAGUGGGUACAAAAGCCUACCACUGGUGACCCUCCACUUGGUGUCAAUGGAUAUGCUGCUGCUGUCAUUAGAAAUGAAAUAUUCUUUUUUGGAGGAGAUUGUGGUCAUAGUGACUGUUUUCAUAAUAGUUUAUACAGUUUUAAUGUUGAUACCUUUAAUUGGAAGGAACUCUCUCCUACUACAUCUCAUCAUGGUCCUAUGAUGAAGUGCUACUCCAGCAUGAUAGCAAUAAAAGUGAAAGAUGAGGACUAUCUUGCAGUAAUUGGAGGGUGUGGAUCAUCUUCUAAUAAUAACCCACCACAACCUGGUGCCCAGUACAGUAAAAAUGCAUUUGGUAAUCAACGUUGCAAUGAAAUACACUUGUACAGAUUAAAAACUGGUGAAUGGACUUCACCAACUGUCACUGGAGACAGACCACCUCCUAUUAACACCUUCACUUUAACAUCAAUAACUAAUACCACUGCUAUAUUGUUUGGUGGUUAUGAUAGUCAUAGAUUCAGUAAUGAUGUAUAUGUAUUUGAAUUUACUGAUACAUCAGUGGUGAGUGUAUUAUUAGUAUCAUUAUAUUAAUUACCUUAGGCUUAGGGUGUGUAUUAAUUGUGACUUGCAAGUGUACUUAAAAACCCUAAUUUAACCAGCGACUAAUAAUAGACCACCCUAG